AUGCGCGCGCAUGCGGCGGUGGGCAUCGAUCUGGGCACUUCCUGCUGCCGCAUCGGGCUCUGGCGCGACGGGGAUGUGCUCAUCGUGCCGAACGAUCGGGGGUGCCUGGCCACCCCCAACUGCGUGGGCUUCCUGGACUGCACGGGGCCUGUAGUGGGGGAAGCCGCCGUUGAGCAGGCGUCCGCGAAUUUGGCGAACACUAUCUUCGCGCCCCAGCGGCUGCUGGGGGCCUCCUUCGACAGCCCCUGGGCCCAGCGGCUCCGGAGCACCGCGCAGGUGGUGAAGGGCGACGACGGCAGCGCCAUGUACCGCGUGAGGGACCGGGGCAAGGAGAGGAUCCUGGAGCCUGGGGAGGUCCUGGCCAUUUUGCUGCAGCAGAUGAAGCGGCAAGUGGAGCAAUGCCUUGGGGUGCACGUGAAGGCGGCAGUAGUGACGGUGCCGGCCAAGUACGGCAAGCAGCAAAGGCGCGCUCUGCAGGAGGCUCUGCGCAUGGCUCAGCUGGAGGUUUUGGCCUUGGUCAAGGCUCCCACGGCCGCGGCCAUCGCCUUCUCCUUGACCAACCCCCGGGACGUGCCACGGGAUGUGCUGGUGCUGGACUUUGGGGCCUGUUACUGCGACUUCUGCCUGCUCACGUUGCAGGGCAAGUGUCUCUGCGAGCGCGCUGUGGGCAGUGAGUUUGUGGAUUUGGACUCCUUGCUGGUGAAGUUCUGCCUCACUGACAUCCGGCUCCGCCUGGGCUUGGACUUGUCCGAGGACAUGGUGGCGCAGUUGCGGCUGAGCAUGGCCUGCGAGAGUGCCAAGCGGAAGCUGUCCCAAUGGAACCAGACCCGGGUGAACGUGGAGGCGUUGGUGGAGGGCAACGACUACUGCGUGGCUAUGUCGCGGAGUUACUUCGAGGAGUUCUGCAGCCGGGACAUCGACUGCCUGCUGGAGAUCUUCGACAUCUGCUUGGAGGAGUCGGGCCUCGAGCGCAACGGAGUGGAUGUGGUCCUUGUGGGAGGCUCCUCCCGGAUCCCCCGGUUCCGGCGCCUAGUGAAGGACUUCUUCCGGGGCCAGCAGCCCAGCGAGGUCCUGCGCCCGGACCACGCCGCGGUGCUGGGGGCCGCGGUCUACGCCGCCCGCCUCGCGGGGAACCAGGCCCCGGACAGCGAGGACGACUUUGCGGUGGACGACGAGCGGCUGCCGCGGAGCGAGGCCGUGAGCAGCGGGGGGAUCUACAGCUUCGAGGGUCUGAGGCUGGAGGAGAUCAUGCCCUGGUCCUCCAUCACGGUGGGCGACUUCCCGCAGUUGGACGAGGUGCCCUGCAACGAGUGCUUCGGCCUGGCCCUCCCGCGCGAGGCCAAGAAGCUUCGUGGCUCCUGGCAGAAGAUGCCCUCGGGGCGGGUGGUGGAGACGCCCCGCAGACCCGCGGCUAUGGGAAAUGGGGGAGCACAGCCGCCGUGA